CAUGCGCGGCUCGCCGACGGAAGCCGGGAAGGAAGGGGGCGGGGCCGACGCUGGCGGGCGCGGGGAAAAUGGCGGCGGCGAACGGGACCGGAGGAAGCAGCGGGAUGGAGGUGGAUGCAGCAGUAGUACCCAGUGUGAUGGCCUCCGGAGUGACUGGGAGUGUUUCAGUCGCUCUUCAUCCCCUUGUCAUUCUCAACAUCUCAGACCACUGGAUCCGCAUGCGCUCCCAGGAGGGGCGACCUGUGCAGGUGAUUGGGGCUCUGAUCGGGAAGCAGGAGGGCCGAAAUAUUGAAGUGAUGAACUCCUUUGAGCUGCUGUCCCACACCGUGGAAGAGAAGAUUAUCAUUGACAAGGAAUAUUAUUACACCAAGGAGGAGCAGUUUAAACAGGUAUUCAAGGAGCUGGAGUUUCUGGGUUGGUAUACCACAGGGGGGCCGCCUGACCCCUCCGACAUCCACGUCCAUAAGCAGGUGUGCGAGAUAAUUGAGAGCCCCCUCUUUCUUAAGUUGAACCCUAUGACCAAGCACACAGAUCUUCCCGUCAGCGUUUUUGAGUCUGUCAUUGAUAUAAUCAAUGGAGAGGCCACAAUGCUGUUUGCUGAGCUGACCUAUACUUUGGCCACAGAGGAAGCUGAACGCAUUGGUGUAGACCAUGUUGCCCGAAUGACAGCAACAGGCAGUGGGGAGAACUCCACUGUGGCUGAACACCUGAUAGCACAGCAUAGUGCUAUCAAGAUGCUGCACAGCCGCGUCAAGCUCAUCUUGGAGUAUGUCAAGGCCUCUGAAGCAGGAGAGGUCCCCUUCAACCAUGAGAUCCUGCGGGAGGCCUAUGCUCUCUGUCACUGCCUCCCAGUGCUCAGCACAGACAAGUUCAAGACAGACUUUUAUGAUCAAUGCAACGAUGUGGGACUCAUGGCUUACCUCGGCACAAUCACCAAAACUUGCAACACCAUGAACCAGUUUGUGAACAAGUUCAACGUUCUCUACGACCGACAAGGCAUCGGCAGGCGAAUGAGGGGGCUCUUCUUCUGAGGGUACUUGAAGAGAUCAUACACAGGGGUCAGACAACUGCCCCAAAGGGGCUGGGCACUACACUCCCUUCAGAAACUGCUGUCAUUAAUAAAAGGAGCAGCCCCUAAGUACCCCUUCCAGUGGCUUUGUCCUCUUGUUAGGCACCACACUGGUUUCUACUUUGGGUCUCAAAGGAGGUUCUGCUUAGAGGCAAUGCAUUUUAUUAUCAGCUCUUCUUGACUCCCUUCAGUGAGUGAGUUCACUGCUACUUAAGAUUCUCCUUAGUUCUGUUAGGUGGACUAGAUUUAUAUUAAGGCUGCCUUCCACCUGAGUGGUCUCCUAGGACAUCAACUUAUAUAGGCCAAUCCUAUAAACAUGACAAGUGACUCCUUUCCCAAGCUAAGUUUUACUGAAAGUACUUUUCACAAAAAGGGAGGGAAGGCUAUUAAAAAUAUUUAUUAUGGACAACUCAAAA